AUGUAUUUCUCUCUUCUGCUACUCCUUCCGUCCGCUGCCGCCGCUCCUGCCAGCCAGGGGACCAAGCUAGCUCCUCUCAUUACUCCACCAGGCAAUGUUAUUGCAAAUAGAUACAUUGUCAAGUUUAAAGAGUCUGCUGCUACUAGCUCAGUUAGCACGACUUUGCUAAAUCUGAACGCUAAAGCAGACGCUGUGUACACAAAUAUAUUCAAUGGAUUUUCCGGAACAUUAAGUGCUACUGCUCUAGAACAGCUGCGUAAUCACGUGGAGGUUGAUUACAUUGAACAAGACUCUGCUGUAACUAUUCAUGCCUUUAUUGAGCAACCGGAUGCACCAUGGGGCAUCAGCCGUAUCUCCCACCAGCAAGGGGGUAAUAGUACUUAUGUAUACGAUGAAAGUGCUGGUAGUGGCACUUGCACCUACGUCAUCGAUACCGGUGUCGAUGGCUCGCAUCCUGAUUUCGAAGGCCGAGCAUUCCAGAUCAAGUCCUUUAUCGAGGGACAAGACGGCGAUGGCGACGGCCAUGGCACUCACUGCGCAGGCACAAUAGGCAGCAAGACUUAUGGCAUUGCUAAACAGACCACCAUCUACGGAAUUAAGGUCCUCGAUAAUGAAGGCUCCGGAACCAUUUCAGGAGUCAUCGCUGGCAUGGACUUUGCUAUGGCGGAUUCUCAGACACGAAGUUGCCCUAAGGGCAUCGUCGCUAACAUGAGUUUGGGUGGCCGUUAUUCCCUUACUCUUAACCGAGCCGCUGCUAGGUUAGUUGAGGCCGGUAUAUUUCUUGGUGUAGCUGCAGGAAACUCUAAUUCAGAUGCCUCCUACUACUCCCCUGCAUCUGAGCCUACUGUAUGCACGGUUGGCGCCACACAAAUUGACGAUUCUUUUGCUUCUUACUCUAAUUAUGGCUCUGUUGUCGAUAUUCUGGCCCCUGGGACUAAUAUUCUCUCAACCUGGAUUGGCGGCCGAACCAAUAUCAUCUCUGGCACGUCGAUGGCUACGCCACACGUUGUAGGACUUGCUGCAUACCUCGCAAGCCUGGAAGGCUUUCCCGGGUCACAGGCUCUUUGCGAGCGCAUUCGUACCAUUUCUACACAGGGCGCUAUUACUAAACUUCCGCCUAAAACUACGAACUUUCUUGCCUUUAAUGGCAACCCUUCCGCUUAA